CAAGAGAGAUGCUUACUUAGUAAGGUGGGAUCCAACAAGAGUGUAGUACAGAAUGCAGUAAUUUAUUAAUUACUUUUUUCUAAGGUAUCUCAACAGAACAACACUUAAUGAAGAAAGACAAAGCCUUACCUGUCUGGUACAUUCGUGAUUCUUGAUGAUUAAUUACUUGAAGAGUAAUAUGUUUGAAAUUCACCAGUUUUAGAAAUGGAAGAAGGUGAUGAACCUGAUCAGCCUAUCUCAGCAGGGAGACAAGAAAUUCGAAAGAGAAGACGACCCAGCCAACCAACGGUAGACAAAUCCCAGCAGACUGAAGUGACAGAGAAAAAGAAACACUUGCCUAUAUCACAAUCAUCUGGCCCUAAAGCUACCCUUAGUAUUGGUAAUAUUCCUGGAAGCAAAGUCAACUAUGAGUCUCUCAGAGUAUCUUCUCAACUUCAGCAAACUUGGACAAAGAGAAAGCGUGUACAGGAUAUGACAGAUAAAUCUCUGCAAACAGACGCUACUGUAGAAGAGAAAAAAGAAGAAAUCAUGUCAGUUAGUGAAACAGUGAUACCUGAAGAAAAACCAGCUGCUGUUGGAGAAGCAGUCCCUGAAUGUCCAGAGAGUGUUCAGGAAGUAGAAAUUCCACCAAGCAGACAUUCAGUUCAAUUCAAGAUAGACAGAUCUCAGCAGACCAGUUGUACUGGAGACUGGACAAUGACGAACAUUCCUCAAAAAGAAAAAGUGAGCAAGGAACAGCAGACAUACUUUAGUGAAACAGAAAUAAUGGUUAUUGGCAGGCCAGAUAGCUCUUUUUCAAAGUCAAAUGAAGUUGUGCAGAAAUGUAAAUCCUCAGGGAAAUUUUUCAUUAGUGAACAUCCUGAAUUGCAACCUUCAACAAGUAAAGAUGAAGCAAUUGGGCAGAUAUAUACCAGCAGAUUUCUAUUUGGUCAACAAAGCAAAAAGGGUUCUUUGGAACUUUCAGAAGAUGAGCAGUAUGUUCUAGGUGAAGUACAGCCUCCCACUGCAGAAGAGAUCUCUGCUGAAAUGCAACCUCUGCCAACUGAGGAGGCUACUACAGAAAACUCCCCAACUGAACUUCAGCCUCCACCAAUUGAAGAGGAUCCUGCAGAAAAGGGCCCUGCUAAAGUAGAGCCCACCCUGGGUGAAGAGGCUCUUUCAGAAGGGCCCCCUGAUGAAGUUCAGUCUCCAAAAGUUGAAGCUUCUAUUGAAGUACAGCUUUCCCCAACUGAGGAGACUCCUGCAGAAGAGGCCCCUGCUAAAGUAGAGUCUAUCCCUGCUGAAAAGACUUUUUCAGAAGAGGCUUAUGCUGAAGUUCAGCCUCUAUCAGCUGAAGAGCCUCCUACACAAGAGGCCCCAGAACUUCAGCUUCCACCAGCUGUGGAGGCCCCUGCAGAAGAGGCCCCAGCUGAAGUUCAGUCUUCACUAGCUGAGGAGGCCUUCUCUGAAGAGGCCCCAGCUGAAGUUCAGCCUCCACUAGCUGAAGAGACCCCUGCAGAACAGGCCCCAGCUGAAGUUCAGCCUCCACCAGCUGAGACAUCUCCUGAAGUUCAGUCUCCACCAGCUGAGGAGGCCCCUGCAGAAGAGGCCCCAAUUGAAGUUCAACCUCCACCAGCUGAGACAUCUCCUGACAUUCAGUCUUUACCAGCUGAGGACGCCCCUGCAGAAGAUGCCCAAGGUGCAGUUUGGGCUCCACCAGCUGAUGAGGGCCCUGAAGAAGAAGCUCCAGAUGAUAUUUGGUCUUUACCAGCUGAGGAGGCUCCUGCAGAAAAGGCUCCAGAUGAAGUACAGUUUCCACCAGCUGAGGAGCCUCCUGCAGAAGAGGUUCCAGAUGAAGUACAGUUUCCACUAGCUGAGGAACCUCCUGCAGAAGAGACCCCAGAUGAAGUUUGGUAUCUAUCAGCUGAGGCAGGCCCUGCAGAAGAGGUUCCAGAUGAAGUACAGUUUCCACUAGCUGAGGAACCUCCUGCAGAAGAGACCCCAGAUGAAGUUUGGUAUCUAUCAGCUGAGGCAGGCCCUGCAGAAGAGGCCCCAGCUGAAAUUUGGUCUCCUCCAGUUGAGGAGGCUCUUACAGAAGAGGCUCCAGAUGAAGUACAGUUUCCACCAGCUGAGAAGUCUCCUGCAGAAGAGGCCCCAGAUGAAGUUUGGUAUCUACCAGCUGAGGCAGGCCCUGCAGAAGAGGCCUCAGCUGAAAUUUGGUCCACACCAGCUGAGGAGGACUCAGCUGAAAUUUGGUCUCCACCAGCGGAGGAGGUCCCUAAAGAAGAUACCCCAGCUGAAUUUCCAGCAGCUGAAGAGGACUUUAUUACACAAAUCUCUAUAGAAGAUGUCCUUGCUAAAGUUCAGCCUCCACCAUCUGAACACAUUGCUAUAAAUGAGGCUUUGGUAGACCAUAUGUCUACUGAAUAUCAAUAUCUCCAGACAACAGAUGUCCCAGUGGUAAAAUUAGAAUCACUGGUUUUGGAAGAUCAGCAAAAACUUGAAGAGCCUUUAGAACUGGAUCCUGCCCCUGAAGAUUUGUCUAAUAUCAAGAAAGAACGGGUCCCUGCCUUCAAAGUGGAGGGUGUCUUUCAUAUAGAAAUAAAAUAGAGGCCUCUUUCUCAGCUGUAAUCAGGUCUUAACUAAGUUAGCAAUCAGAAGCUAGGGGACAUAAACACUUUAGAAAAGUGUAGGCAUUUGGAAGU